AUGUCCGCCCGUCGCCCGAUCUACAUCAACCCCGCGGCCGGCCCUCUGCGCCGCCAUGAGGCGUCCCGACAAACCCAUGACGUGCGCGAAUUCCACAAGUCUUUACCUGACUAUGCGCCCUCCCCGCUAGUCCCGUUGCCCUCGCUGGCGCAGGAACUCGGCGUUCGCGCCGUCUUCGUCAAAGACGAAAGCAACCGGUUCAGACUCCCAUCGUUCAAAGUCCUCGGUGCCUCGUGGGGCUGCUAUCGCGCAAUUGCGCAAGUUCUGGGCCUCGAGCCGACGGUCGGGGUGAGCGGGUUGAAGGUUGCGUUGGCGGGGAAGGAAGUCUCGGUGUUUGCGGCCACAGAGGGGAAUCAUGGUCGGGCGGUUGCGUUCAUGGCGAAGCUGUUGGGGAUUCCAGCGAGCAUCUUCGUGUCGAGCAGUAUGGCGGAACGCACGAGGGAGUUGAUUGCGAGUGAAGGGGCGACCGUGCAGGUUGUGGACGGGUGUUAUGAUGCGGCGGUCAUGGAGGCGGAUUCUGCGGCGAAGGCCACGCCUGGGGGUGUCCUGGUGCAGGACACGGCGUUCGAGGGCUACGAGGAUGUCCCGGCUUGGAUUGUCGAGGGGUAUUCGACGUUGAUGGCGGAGGUGGAUGAGCAGUUGGCGGACCAGGCGCUGCGAUGUGAUCUGAUGAUUACCCCCGUGGGUGUUGGGAGUCUGGCGCAUGCGGUGACGAGGCACUGUAAAGAGCGCGAGGAUGGGCCGAUCUCGGUGGUGGCCGUGGAGCCGGACACGGCGCCUUGUCUGUAUGCGAGUCUGAAAGCCGAGAGGGAAGUCACUGUGACGACGUCCGCGACGAUCAUGAAUGGCAUGAACUGCGGGACAGUGUCGACUACCGCGUGGCCGGACUUGCAACGCGGUGUGGAUGCCUCGGUCACCGUUUCGUCGUUUGAGACGCACUGCGCGCUGGAGUAUUUGUCGGCGCGCUCGGUGACGGCGGGACCGUGCGGUGGUGCGUCGCUGGCCGCGUUGCGACGGUUGCGUCAGGUGCCAGAGGCCAGUUCAUUGUUGAAAAAGGACUCUGUUCUGGUUCUACUGAGCACCGAAGGAGCUCGACCGUAUCCCAUCCCGAGGGACCUUUCGGUGGAUGAUUCCGUCGGUCUCACCCAGGCUCUCACGCAGAUCAACUCCUCCAACCCAUCCCUGUCCGUGACGGACGGAGUCGGCGAGACGGGUAUCGCAGAUUAUCUGGCCGAGUGGUUCGCGUACCGCGACAUUGAGCAUCACCGACUGGAAACAGUGUCCGGACGGCCAUCGAUUGUGGGUGUCCUGCGUGGCACCGGUGGCGGCAGAUCUCUUAUGUUCAACGGCCACGUCGACACCGUCAGUCUUUCCACCUACGAGAAGGACCCUCUUUCCGGGGGGUUAGGUGAACGAAACGGCCAGCCCGUCGUGCUGGGCCGCGGCAGUCUCGACAUGAAGGGCGGUCUCGCAGCCGCCAUGGCCUCAGUAUCUAGCAUCAAAGCCAGCGGAGAAAUUCCCCACGGGGACGUGAUCAUCGCGGCCGUCUCCGACGAAGAAGACGCCUCGCAAGGCACGCGCGAUCUUAUCGCUGCAGGCUGGCGCGCCGACGCCGCCGUCAUCAUGGAACCCACCAUGGGCGAGAUCAUCACAGCACAUAAGGGCUUCCUCUGGGUCGAGAUCGACAUCCUUGGCGUCGCCGCACACGGAUCCGAUCCCGCCAGCGGCGAAGACGCCAUCCUCUCCGCGGGCUGGUUCCUGCGCGCUCUCGAGCAAUACCAGAGCCAGCUACCUGUCGACGACACACUAGGCCAAGCCUCCCUACACUGCGGACUGAUCCAAGGCGGCGAAGAACCGUCUUCCUACCCAGCCAAAUGCACCAUCACGGUCGAAUUCCGAACCGUCCCCUCCCAAACGGGAGAAUCCAUCCUCAACGACCUAUCCCAACUCUUGAAGGGGAUCAGUCACGAGAACCCCCGUUUCCGGUCCUCAGAACCGCGCAUCACGAUGUCUCGUCCGAUGCAGAAGUUGCCGAAUGAUCAUCCCUUUGUCACACAGGCCGUCAAGUGGGCAGGCUCGGUGCUAGGUGAAUCUCCAAAGCUGGUAUCGGGUUCGUUCUGGUGUGAUGCUGCCUUCUUGACCGAUGCUGGGGUUCCGUCCAUCGUGUAUGGACCUAAGGGUCAGGGGUUGCAUGGGAAGGAGGAGUGGGUGGAGGUGGGGAGCCUACGACAGAUGGAGGGGGUUUAUACGCGGUUUAUUCGGGAAUUUUGUCAAUGA